GCUGUCUCUGAGACAUAUGAACCCCAAAAGGAGGUGUGCCAGCCUUGCCCGUGUCUCCCUGACCCUCCCCUUUCAUUUCAGCACCAUGAAGCUUGUCACAGGCCUCGUGUUCUGCUCCUUGGUCCUGGGAGUCAGCAGCCAGGACUGGCUUUCGUUCAUGCGCCAGGCUUAUGACGGGGCCAGAGACAUGUGGAGAGCCUACUCUGACAUGAGAGAAGCCAACUACAAAAACUCAGACAAAUACUUCCAUGCCCGGGGCAACUAUGAUGCUGCACAAAGGGGACCUGGGGGCGUCUGGGCUGCUGAAGUGAUCAGCGAUGCCAGAGAGGGUGCUCAGAGAUUCACUGACCUUUUUAAGUAUGGAGACAGUGGCCAUGGCUUGGAGGACUCGAUGGCUGACCAGGAGGCCAACAGAUGGGGACGGAGUGGCAACGACCCCAAUCACUAUAGACCUGCUGGCCUGCCCAGCAAGUACUGA